AUGGUAUAUCAAACGACACCCGCUGCCGCGGGCAACUCCAAGGCCGACAACUGCCCUGAUGACCCCAUUGUUAUUGUCGGUGCGGCCUGCAGAUUGGCGGGUGAAGCAUCUUCUCUAGACAAUUUAUGGAACAUGAUGAAGAACUCGCGGACCGCACAUGCUAAAGUGCCAAAGGAGCGCUGGGAUGCGGACGCUUGGUACCACCCAGACCCUGACCGAAAAGGCUCUUUAAAUACUACGCAUGGCUUCUUCCUGGAGCAAGACAUUGCUGCAUUCGACGCCCCAUUCUUUACUAUCAACGCUAAGGAAGCCGCCGGCAUGGAUCCGGCAAAGAGGCUGCUACUAGAAGUGGCCUACGAGACGUUUGAGAAUGCCGGCAUGCCCUUGGAAAAAAUUGCCGGAUCAAAGACUGGUGUAUAUGUCGGCAGCAUGACUAGCGACUAUGAAGACUUGUCGACGCGCGAAAUAUACGAUGAGCCACACAUGGCCGCCGCGGGAAGCAGCGAGGCUAUGACCGCCAACCGCGUAUCCUGGUUCUUUGAUCUUCGCGGGCCGAGCUUGACGCUGGACACGGCCUGCUCCUCUAGCCUCUACGCCUUGCACCUGGCCUGCCAGUCACUACGACUCGGCGAAACCGACAUGGGUCUCGUGGCUGGCGUCAGCGUGAUACUGCACCCCAACUUCAUGCAGCAGCUGGUGGCCAUGCACAUGCUCAGCCCGGACGGCAUCUCCCACACCUUUGACGACAGGGCCAACGGGUACGGCCGGGGCGAGGGCAUCGGCGCGCUAGUCGUCAAGCGCCUAAGCGACGCCCUUCGCGACGGCGACACGAUCCGCGCCGUCAUCCGCGGCGUGGGCUCCAACGUCGACGGCAAGACGCCUAGCGUGACGAUGCCGAGCGCCGAAGCACAGGCAGAGCUGAUCAGAGAGGUAUACAAGCAGGCCAAGCUGCCCAUGGCCUCUACGCCUUAUGUUGAACUACACGGCACAGGAACGCCGGUUGGUGACCCCAUCGAGCUGUCCGCCAUUGCCGCCACCUUUGGCGCCGCCGCACCGCCGGACCAGCCCGUAUACGUCGGCAGCAUCAAGCCCACCGUCGGCCACACAGAAGGCUGCGCCGGCCUCGUGGGCGUCUUCAAGGCUAUGCUGUCGCUGGAGCGCGGCGUGCUCCUGCCCACGGCCGAAGUGCGCACCGUCAACCCCCGGCUGCGGCUGGCCGACUGGAACAUUGCGCUGCCCCCGGCGACCAUGCCGUGGCCCGCCGGCGCGCCGCGCCGCGUCAGCGUCAACUCGUUUGGCUUUGGCGGCGCCAACGCGCACGUCAUCCUCGACGGCGCGUCCGCGUACCUGCGCGAGCGGGGACUGCCAGGGCACGCGUCAGAUGAGAGCCUGGCCGAAUCCAUGGGACUGCAUGGGAGCAGCAAGCCACAGGUGAAGCCGCAGCAGACGCUGUACCCGCUCAGCGCACGCGACGAGGCGGGCGUCGCGCGGACGGCCAAGGCGCUCGGUGCCUACCUGGAGACUCAAAAGGACAGGUACGGCGCGCAUGAUCUAGCCAGCCUCGCGCAUACCCUGUCGUUCCGGCGUUCCGAGCUAGAAUGCCGCUCAUUUGUCGUGACUGAGUCCGUCAGUGAUCUGGCGCACAAGCUCGCCGCCCCGAGCACCUCGAUGCCGCGCGCCGCGCGCCGCUCCGCCAAGCACAACCGCCUCGCCUUUAUCUUCACCGGCCAGGGCGCGCAGUGGGCCGGCAUGGGCCGGCAGCUCUAUGGCCAGUUCGACGCCUUUACGCAGAGCAUCGUGCGGAGCAGCCGCUGCCUCGCAGCCCUGGGCUGUCCCUUCGGCCUGGAGGCAGAGCUGCAGCGCACUGAGCACAGCCUGAUUGAGACGGCCGAGGUCAGCCAGCCCAUGUGCACGGCGGUGCAGCUCGCGCUCGUCGACCUGCUGCGCGACUGGGGCGUCGUCCCCGGCGCCGUCGUGGGCCACUCGAGCGGCGAAAUCGCCGCGGCGUACGCGGCGCGGCGCCUGACGCACGAGGACUCGGUCACGGUCGCGUACCUGCGUGGUGUGUACUCCGGGAUGGUGUCCAAGGGCGGCCGCGUGGGCGCUAUGCUCGCGGCGGGCAUUUCCGAAGCCGAGGCUGAAACGUACCUCAAGGACGUGCCGGCGGGCAGCGUCGUCGUGGCGUGCGUCAACAGCCCCAAGAGCGUCACGCUGUCGGGCGACGCGGAUGUCGUGACGCAGCUCGAGGCGACCAUUGCGGCCGACGGCAAGUUUGCGCGGAAGCUGCGCGUCAUGACGGCGUAUCACUCGCCACACAUGCAGAGCGUCGCCGACAGCUGCCUGCAGGCCAUGCGCGACGCCGGCGUGGGCCAGAUCGCCCAGACGGGCGCCGAGGAUGUGAGCAUUCCCAUUUUCUCGUCAGUAACCGGCGAAGUCAUUGACCCGGUCGAGCUUGAUCCCACGUACUGGAUCCGCAACAUGUGCGGGACGGUGCGCUUCUUCCCUGCCGUGACCAAUCUCCUCGCCGGCAACCUCGCACAGUCUUUGAAACGGCGCACCGCCGGCCGGAAACCGGCCGUGAAGUGGGACGCGAUGGUCGAAAUUGGCCCACACUCGGCGCUCAAAGCGCCGCUGGUGCAAAUCAUGGAAGAGCUGGACAGCAAGCUCCCGACACAGCUUCCCUACACGUCGCUCCUGGUCCGCAAAGAAGACGCCGUCGCCACCGCCCUGGCGGCGGCGGGCGCGCUGUGGUCGGCGGGCGUCAAGAUCGCGCUGGACAGGGUCAACAGACAAUCGGCGUCGUCCGCGCAUGUCGUGGCGACGGACCUUCCCGCGUACGCGUGGAACCACGACAAGACGUUUUGGCACGAGGCGCCGGCGACACGCCGGCAGCGGCUGCAGAGCCGCCCGCGGACCGACCUCCUCGGGGCGCCGGUAGAGAACCAGAACCCGCUCGAGCCGCAGUGGCGCAACCACCUGCGCGUCCGCGAGAGCCCGUGGGCCCAGGACCACAAAAUCACUGGCACGAUUCUGUACCCCGGCGCUGGGAUGCUCAUCAUGGUGAUGGAGGCGGUGGCGGACAUGGCUCGUGGCCAGGCCGCUACCCCCGUACAGGGCAUCGAGUUCCGCAACGUCCGCUUCGAAAAGGGCCUCGUCAUUCCGCAAGAGGGUGCUACGGAAACCAUUCUGCGCAUCCAGCUUCCUCAGAGCAGCGGUCCUUCGCCAGCGCCGCACUCGUUUGCCAUCUUCUCGAGGAUCGGCGACGCGCCGUGGGUCAAGAACUGUCAUGGCCGCUUUCACAUUCUUCAUGCGAACAGUGAGGCUGCCGAGACAACAGCCGCUGAGGAAACGACGUCAACGCUGGAGUGGAAGCGCCACAUUGACAAGUUCCACGCGGCGCAGCAGAGCAAUGCGAUCCCGGUCGACGUCGGCAAGCUGUACACCAAGUUACACGGCGUUGGCAUGCAAUAUGGCCCGACGUUUCAGAACGUCACCGAGUUGAAGACGGUCCCUGACGGUGAGCUCUGCUACGGCGCCGUCAAGAUCCCCGACACCAAGAGCGUAAUGCCUUUUGAGUAUGAAUUCUCUCACCUCAUCCACCCUGCGACUCUCGACGCCAUCUUCCACCUCAUCGUGGUUGCAGUUGCCGGCGGCGCGAGUCUCACCGAAGCGGCGGUGCCCUCCAUGCUGGGAAAGCUGUACAUUUCAUUUGACCUACCGCAAGGGCCUGGCCAAGAGUUUGUCGGCUAUGCGGAGCGAGUUCACCGCCGUGAUGGCAAGCUCUGCGCUGACCUCGUGGUCUCGGACGGGGCCUGGCAGAAGCCAAAGGUUACAGUCCAAGGCCUCAUUAUGACACGGGUAUCGUCUGAUUCCGACACCCUGGCGCAUCCUGGACAAGGUGCCGUUGCCAAGAAGACUACCACCUUCGACUGGAAAGUCGACCCGGGCUUCUUUGCUCAGAUCUCGUCAACGGGUUCAUUGGCAAACGUGUCUAGCCUUAAAGACUGGCUAGAGCUCGAGUGCCACAAGUCUACCAACCUCAGCGUCGUGUUCAUCGGUCAAACGCUAGCCGAGCAGACUAUCGACAAACUGCUCCCGUUCUUAGAUAGCACAUCUCACUAUCGAGGCAUCUCACAUCUUACCAUUACCGAUAUAUCCAAAGACGCGCUCGAAUUAUGGAAGACAAAGACUACCUUGGCUGAUACUCCGAUCAAUUUCGUGACCGAGAGUGGGUGGACAGAAUCCAGCCAAUCUUACGACAUAGUGAUAGUCGGCGCGGCACAGAGCCACCAGAGCGAAACACUUCACACCUAUCAGACUAAACUCAACACAGGCGGUCGAAUUGUUGUCCUUGGGUCGGACGUAAAAGUACAAGUCUUUAACAGUUUUAAUGGAGUGAAUGGAGAUACAUCUACGAACAGCCAUUCCGGUGUUGGCAAGGACUUCUUGAAGCUGCACUUUGGUGAAAGUACUCCAUUGGCAGUUUACACGGAGAAAAGGCAACAGACUCCCAUCGAAGGGGAGCUUCUGCUACUGGUUCCGUCCAUCACGGAUACGUCACCGGGUGUCAGCUCGAUUCUGGACCAGUUGAACAAAUGCGCAGUAGCAACUCGUCUAGCCGAGCUGAAGGAUGCCACCUUGCUACAAAGCGGGACAGUUCUUUGUUUGCUCAGUGGCAGCCUCGUCAAUCGCUGGACGAGCGAAGAGUUCCAACACUUCCAGACUCUGAUCUCUUCUGCCAGCCGUCUUUGCUGGGUUACAAGCGGCGCACAAAUGCUGCAGCCAUCCCAGAAGGGUCUCGACGCUAGCGGUGUUUCUGGCUUGCUUCGGGUACUACGAAAUGAAUUCCCUCAGGUUGCGCUGUCUCAUCUCGACUUGUCCUUUGACCCCAACGCUGCAGAUGAAAAAGGCGCGAAGUUUGUCGUGGACGUCCUCCAUCACAUUCUAAGCCUUGUGGCAGAGGGCGAGCUUCCUGAGCUGGAGCUUGCUGAGCUGGAUGUUUUCAAAGUCCCGGCCGCAGGUUCACAAUCUGCCGCGAGGUUAUGGAUUGAGCUUAUGGUGACCUUUAUUCUCGAAUACGUCACCCACUUGGCCGCCGGAGAGACGAUCCUGGUCCAAGACGCUGACAGCCUUUUGGGCCACGCCAUUAUCGCGAGAGCCACCAAAGAAUACGGCGCGCAGGUCCACGCCACCGUUUCCAACACGGAACAAAAGAUUGCAGUAAUUCACCGAACCGGACUCGGGCCAGACUCGGUUACGGUACACCCCCCCGGGACAGGCUCCUCUUUGCUGUUUUCGCACCUUUUGGAAAAGACGCAGGGCAUGGGUAUCGACGUCGCUGUUCAGGCAGGGCACGGCUUGAUACUUGAUGAAGACGCCGCCAUUUGCCUCGCUGAACUUGCUCGAGUGGCCAUUGUUUUGCAGCCUGACCAAGCAACACCGCCACUCCCUGCACUUGGAGGCAAUGUGACUUGGGCGACGGUUGAUCCCGUGCGUAUUCUAACAGAGCAACCACGCUGGCUGGCAAAGCUACUCAGCCGGAUAAGCCAAGCGAUCCCCGCGCCUUCUGACUUUCAGUCUGGCCUCACAUUUUCUGUGACGGAACUUGACAAGGCGGUCGAAGCCGCUGAAUCAGGCAGUCCUCGUGGCCUGGUUUCGAUCAGCCUAGUCGAUGGAAUAAACGGUGCCGGACCGAGCGUCCGUGUCAUUCCGCCUGCACCGCAGAUGCCCAAGCUUGACAAAAACGCCACGUAUAUCAUGGCAGGCGGACUGGGCUCGUUGGGCCUUAGAAUCGCGGAAUUGAUGGCGAAGAACGGAGCGACGCAUCUGGUCUUCCUCUCUCGCUCUGGCGGAAAUCACCACAACGGCAAGCUAAGCACGCUUCAUGCGCUCGGAUGCGUUACCCUAGUGCUUGCCUGCGACGUGACUUCGGAAGAAAGCGUGCAGGCUAUGGUCCAGGAAGUAGAGAAGAUAGGGCGACCUAUUAAGGGUAUCAUUCAGUGCGCUAUGGUACUUCAGGAUAGCUUAUUUGAUAAGAUGAGCUAUAAGCAGUGGCAGACGGCCUUUAAGCCUAAAGUCGAUGGUAGCUGGAACUUACACUCGGCUCUUCCUAGCGAUAUGGCCUUUUUUAUUAUGCUUUCUUCUGUUGUGUCGGUCAUUGGCAACGUCGCCCAGGCAAACUACGCAGCGGGCAACUCGUACAUGGACGCCCUCGCCCGGUACCGUCGGUCUCUGGGCAUGGCUGGCACCUCGAUCAAUGCCGGGCUGGUGGCGGACUCUGAUCACACGAUUGACGGCACGAGCAUGAAGGAUUAUCUGGAACGCUUUAAGCACAUGGCCAGCGUCAGCACGACGCUGUCUGAGCUGGAUGUGGCGGUCGCUGCUGCUAUGCGGGGUACGGUCGGAAACGGCGACACGAAGACGUCGUCGCAGUUUGUCUUUUGCAUGACGGACUCGCUGGAGCCCGCGGGAGUGGAUUUUUGGGCCGGCGACGCCAAGUUCAUCCACCGGGUGUUGCGGGAGAGCACGGACGCGGAGUCGGGGGCGGACGGGGGACAAGAGAUUAGCGUGGCCGUGGUCCUCGCAGCAGCGACGGCGCGAGAGGAUUGCCAGGUCGCGAUCCAGGAUGUUAUCAAGAAGCUCCUGGCUCCCGGAUUGGGGGUGCAGCCGGGGGAUAUUGAUGUAGAGCGACCGCUGUACGAGCUUGGAGUUGAUUCUUUUAAAGCGGUCGAGGUUCGCAACCAGAUUUUCCGUCAGUUGAAGUGUGACGUGUCGGUGUUUGAAAUCUUGAGCCCCAACUCGUUGACGUAUCUGGCGGAGCAGCUGGUGUCGCGGAGCCCACUGGUACCAGCAGAGCUCAUUAUAAACAACUGA